AUUCCUUAAUCUUUGAUCUUCUGGAUAAACCCUCGGGUCGGCUCGAUGGUAAUCUACUGUAAUUCAGUGUCCUAGUUGAACAACUUUACAGUUAUCUUUUUAGUGUUAGACUGUGUGCUGCUAUUUCAGAUUGAUUGACAUCUGUCCUCCCUGUGAGUAGCCAACAUGUCUUUCUUUAUACUCUGUGGUUUGGACACUUUUGUCUGUGUUCAGCACAGUCACACCAAUGCGCAUCAUCAUGGCGAAAGGGGAGUUUUGGGCCGCGGAUGUCUGUGAUCGUUCCUUCGGACUGAAACUCCUGUCCUACCUGGGAUAGGUAGCCUAACGUAACCUGGUUCCCGGUUUGAGGAACUUCACACUUUCAUCGGACUCUAGAUUUUUCACACGGACAUUCUAUAGAAUGGAGUGGGAGCUGAGACCGCGGCUUUGUUUCCUAACGAAAGGGCCGCGCGGGUACGGCUUUCACCUUCACGGCGAGCGGAAUAAAGGCGGACAGUUCAUACGGAAAGUGGAACCCGGUUCGUCCGCGGAGCUUUCGGGGCUGCGCGCGGGGGACCGGGUCGUGGAAGUGAACGGGGAAAACGUGGAAGACGAGACGCACUAUCAAGUAGUGUAUCGUAUCAGAGCAGUGGAGCAUCGCACCAGGUUGCUGGUCAUCGACAAAGAGACAGAUGAUUACCUGCGUAGUCACGGGCUGGCCUGCACAGAGGACCUCGCCGUUGAGAUGGGCAAUCUCUCUCCCCGGCCCUCCCACUUCACCUCCCCCUCAGCCUCCCCUGUAGCCCAGGGGGAAGUCCUCUCACCCUCACCCAUACACAUCCUCACUAAAGCCCUCAGACACACCUCCGCCUCACCCAGAAGGACGGAUACACGAUCGCCGACGUCAAACCUGAUGAUUGGCACCAAGAAAAGGUUGCCAUCGGAGACAGCGUCGUUAGAUACAGAGUUUCCCAUGGCGACGGUGGAGCUCCUCCCCCGGCUGUGUCACAUGGUGAAGGGGGAGCUGGGAUACGGGUUCAACCUGCACAGUGACAGAACACGGCGAGGACAGUUCAUACGCAGCGUGGAUCCCGGGUCCCCCGCCCAACACGCAGACCUCAGACCCCGGGACAGGCUGGUGGAG